AUGGGCGACCCCAAAGGCCGCUAUAAGCUCGUGCAGGUCGACCCGCACACCGAGGAGAUCAGUGACGAUGAGCUCCGCACGAUCGUCGAGUGCGAAAAGGAGUCUUUCACGGGCGAUCUCAAGCGCUCGGCCUUCCAGUUCUUUUACUUUGUCAAUGACGAGAACGACCCCGCCGACGUCCAACGGGCCACCGACAACCUGAUGAAGAUCCACCGCCAGUGGAUUGCGUCCAACGAGGAACUGCGGUUCCUCAAGGUGCUCGACACGCACGAGGACGACAAGCUUGUCGGUGGCAUGUGGUUUAGUGUGUACAAGGUCGCCCCGGUGGACAAAAAUCCUUGGGAGCGUAUCGAGGCGAGGUGGUGGGAUAGCAGGCCGAAAGACACGGCGUGGUGGGGGACGACGGAGACGCAGCGCGACUACCUCACCAAGGCCAUUCGCAUCUUGAGCUCCCCGUGGAGGGAAUACUUCCGGUGGCGGAAGCACAUCCACGUGCGCAUGGUUUUCCUCAGUGCUGAAGCUCGUCACGCUGACCCUUAUGACAACAACUACCCAGGGACAUUGCUGAUCGAGGAACUCCGGAGGCUUGGCGAGGAGGACAGGGACUUGUCACUGUUUGCGGAAGUUUGGAUCGACCGCGACUUACGCAGUGUCUUCGAAUGGUGGGCUAAUUCCGCGGUCGGGAACCCGUUCGGGGGCGUUCCCAUCUGCCCCAAGUUCGAGUACCAUGGAGACGGGCUGUACCAUCCAGAAAUCUGGGAUGAGCUCCCAUGGGGCGACGAGAGCAAAUGGAGCAAAGAGUGGCGGGCGAUGCACGAGAAGUUUCAUGUUGUGGAUGGCCACGUACGGCCAGUGGGAUGCUUCUUUGCAUAUGGGCCCCCCUUGCGCUACUAUAAUGAAUGGACUGUGCUGAAUGAGAGAGAGAAGGUGGCACCGUGGGAGCGCAUGAUCAACCGCCCGGAAGAGGUUAUCGAGCAGGGGGAUUGGUUAUCAUGCCCAUUUCCAGAGGAUGAAUAG